AUGGCGACAUCUCGACUACCAUUCACUAGCGGGCUACGCGAACCCAGCGUGCUAUCACUCAGACUGGUAACGGGUGCUGGUUGCGGUACUUUGCCCUUCCGUCUGGCUUACGUGGAAAACGCCUGCCAAGAUCUGCCGGCCGUCGGCACGACGAAGCCUUCGGCACCAGCCCCGCCCAUCACGUCACCUGGAACGAGUCAGCCCCCGCGUGGCUCUUGGCCAAAAAGAGGCCACUCGAGCUUUCCUUCCACAUCUCUUGAGACAGCCGCCCUGACCAUUCAACAUUGGGAAAAGCCAGCGUGCAGAUUCCACGAGAAGCCAGUCUGA